UUCUGGCAAGGGUGUGUGUGCAUGAGCAAAGCCUCUCUUGUUCACGACACGCGCGUUAUUCGCACUCUCCACCAUUGAAGGUGGAACGUAACUUUUCUCUUUCCCGAGGAGACAUCUGAACAACUGGGAAUAUAUAUUCUGUCUCAAACAUCUAAGGUGUUCGAAAAUCAUGUCAGCCUCGGCGGCGAAAGUCGGUAGAAAGGAGAACUCGAAUCAUGAUGGAGCGGACGAGACCUCCGAAAAAGAGCAACAGGAAGCUAUUGAACACAUUGACGAAGUACAGAAUGAAAUUGACAGAUUGAACGAACAGGCCAGUGAGGAGAUUUUAAAAGUAGAGCAGAAGUACAAUAAAUUACGCCAGCCAUUCUUCCAGAAGCGGUCAGAACUCAUAGCAAAAAUCCCCAACUUCUGGGUCACAACAUUUGUUAACCAUCCACAAGUUUCAGCCCUUCUUGGUGAGGAGGAUGAGGAGGCACUUCAUUACCUUACCAGGGUGGAGGUGACUGAGUUUGAGGACAUCAAGUCGGGUUACAGAAUAGAUUUUUACUUCGAUGAGAACCCGUACUUUGAGAACAAAAUUCUCUCCAAAGAGUUUCACUUGAAUGAAAGUGGGGACCCAUCUUCAAAGUCAACUGAAAUCAAAUGGAAGGCUGGAAAGGACUUGACGAAGCGUGCCAGCCAAACGCCAAACAAAGCGGGUAAGAAGAGGCAACACGAAGAACCAGAGAGCUUCUUUACCUGGUUCACAGAUCACUCCGACGCAGGGGCAGACGAACUAGGAGAGGUCGUCAAGGAUGACAUCUGGCCCAACCCGUUACAGUAUUACCUGGUCCCUGACAUGGAUGACGAGGAAGGGGAAGGCGACGACGAUGAUGAUGACGAAGAGGGCUUGGAAGACAUCGAUGAGGAAGGAGAUGAGGAUGAAGGCGAGGAAGAUGAUGAAGAGGAUGGAGAGGAUGAUGGCGAGGAUGAUUAAGGUUGAAAGGAACAUUCCAACCUACACCAUUCCCUGUUCUUUCCUUUCAAUCAUCCUUCAACCCUUGGGAGCAAGAAUAUUUGUUUUCAUUUUAUUUUUGUAUUUUGUGCUCUCCUGUUCUACAAGUGUCCGCCUGUCCAUACCAUGUCUAUAGAUGCGUUAAUUUCCAGGCCAUGCCCACAUCAGAAAGCUAGUGGCAAUCUCUGUCAUAACUACUACACGUGUCUCCGAAGACAAAUAAAAUAAAAGUACUGGCAUUCUGCACGUCGUCAUAUAGACAAAUAAUUUCUAAUAGCAAUUUAUAUAUGUAUGAUAUAUAAAUAAGGUUUCUGUUAAAGUUGUGAGUUGAAUAAAGAGGAGUCAUGGUGCAGUGAUAAUAGCAUCUCUAGACACUUUUUAAAAAAUAUAUAUACAUUUUCUUUAACGCAGCGUUUGGGGGGCCUCCUGGAGUUGACAGCUUUUUUUCUUCGUCAUGUGUUGUACUAAUGGAAAGCAUCAGCUUCUUCCUGUCAACUGUUGUAAAUGUUUUGGGGUCGAUAUCUUGGUAUGACACAGUUAUUGUAGACAGUUAAAUGGGGUUUGGUGGGUCGAAUGGGCAUUUGACACAUUUGGGUUUGUUGAUUGACUUUUCAUUGUAAUGUUUUACAGACACCCAUGAGGUUUGAAAAAUUAAAUUUUUAAUAAAAACAAAACAAAAUUUCCUCUUGUAAUUUUGAGCUUGGCUAAUUAACAGGUUAUUUAUAGAGAAAAUAAAGACCAUGUAUAAUCUCAUAUGGAAUCUACACUGGUGUUCUUCUCCGCCUUUUCUACUGGAAAACUGUUCAUGUUAACAUUUAAGUGUACCAAUUGCUUUGUAACUAUAAAUAAAUGUAAUACAUUCA